UCGCCACAACCGGGAGACCUUUCACCGGAGAGACGGGAGAGUUUUGUGUGUGCGUCUCUUGGCGUUCGUAACGGCGGUGUUGCGCGUUUUUCUCUCUCUUACUCCUCAGUAUAGUCCGCAACGAACACGUACGUGUAUCGCAGGUUUCCUUUUUUCCCCCUAUCUAUCUGUCUCUCUUUCAGUUUUCUCAUCUCACCACCGUGUUACGACGUACGUUAGCCCCGUAGUGAACAACAGUGAGCGGAGAGUUCGCAAGAGUGUCGCGAUUACAUUUUCGUUUUUCAUCCCGUUUUGUAGAACGAAUGAACAUUGAAAAAAUAUACAUUCACCGAACAGGACUAACGCGACGAAAAGUAUUCUACGUACGUGUGUAAUAAUAAAUUAUUAAAGUAUAUAUAUAUAUAUAUAUAUAUAUACCUCUCGAUCUGCACAACACGUUUUAUUUGGUGGAUUUUGCCUUGUUCCGCGUAGCGGAGUUGUAACGGCGAGUAUACGCCAAGUUUUCUCAACACACCGGCUAUUUGUGUGUAUUUUGCUCGGGUGUGUGUGGACAAGUGCCGAUGAAGCGAGACGCCCAGCUUCGCGAAUGAUAAGACAGCAAGUGUGCAAUUUAGUGCGAAGACCGAGCCUACCUGGGAGCGUUUAAGAAGCACGUCCCCCGAGACCCCCCCAGCCAAAAUCACACGCCUAACCUCUCCCCUGUCCUCCUUGUCCUCUUCCGUUCCCUUGUCCCCCGUUAAAACCGCAAGGACAUCAUCGUCGCGGAUAAACCUCGCCAACAAUCACUCUCGCGAUAUCACAAACGGUUCAACGAGUUCGAUCAACAUGGACGGAAUGGACAACAAACCAGCCUUGAACGACGAUCCGUCGGUCACCCUCACCAUUCGCCUCAUUAUGCAGGGAAAGGAAGUCGGAAGCAUAAUUGGCAAGAAAGGAGAAAUCGUCACGAGGUUCCGUGAAGAGUCCGGUGCCAAGAUCAACAUAUCCGAUGGUUCGUGUCCGGAGAGAAUCGUAACCGUCACCGGACCAACGAACUCGAUAUUCAAGGCUUUCACCUUAAUAUGCAAGAAAUUCGAGGAAUGGUGCUCGCAGUUUCACGACGUACAGGGCGGUGGCGGCGGUGGAACAACGAGAACACCGAUCACCCUCAGGCUCAUCGUACCAGCCUCCCAAUGUGGUUCACUCAUUGGCAAGGGUGGCUCUAAGAUCAAGGAAAUACGCGAAGUUACGGGCGCCCUCAUUCAAGUCGCUUCGGAAAUGUUACCGAGCUCGACGGAACGUACCGUAACCAUUUCCGGUACUAGUGAGGCUAUUACCCAAUGCAUAUAUCACAUUUGCUGCGUCAUGCUAGAGUCCCCUCCCAAAGGUGCCACGAUCCCUUAUCGCCCUAAACCCCAAGUUGGUGGGCCAGUGAUCCUGGCUGGUGGGCAAGCCUACACCAUCCAGGGUAAUUACGCGGUGCCCGCCCACUCGGACAUGGGAAAACUCGGCAGCAAUCCACUUGCUGGACUCGCGGCGCUUGGCCUCGGUGGACUGGCGACCCCUGCCAACACCGGAGGCCUCAAUCCUGCGGCGCUCGCUGCAUUAGCCGGUAGUCAACUACGUACGAGCCACACGAACAGGCAGCAGCCAGCUGCGAACAAUCAGACCCACGAGAUGACAGUGCCGAACGAGCUCAUCGGCUGCAUUAUCGGCAAGGGCGGUACCAAGAUAGCCGAGAUACGUCAGAUAUCGGGCGCUAUGAUAAGGAUCAGCAAUUGCGAGGAGAGAGAGGGUGGUGCAACGGAUCGAACUAUCACGAUCACCGGAAAUCCCGAUGCCGUUGCUCUCGCCCAAUAUCUCAUCAAUAUGAGGAUAUCGAUGGAGACCUCUGGUCUGGCGAUACCAGCGUAUCACUACAUCGCUCCGAAUCACAUUGUGAAAUCUCCGAUCCACUAAAAGAGCGGUGUCGAUUUAUCGAUACGUACAUAUAUGCCGUUUUUUCAUUCCUCUGUCUCUUUUUUCCCGGCGCUCGACGGAGGCGUUGAGGGGGACGUGAAUACCACCGCCACGCAACGAGCUCCGAGGCUGUCAUAUUCGGCUAUAUAGAAGAGGGAAAAAUUCAGAGGAACAAAAAAAAGGAAUAGGACAAAGAUGGACAUGUAGACACGACGUGCGUCUGUUAUACGACCAAUAAUGCCGCAGCAACGCGUUGAGGAAUAUACAAAUAUCAUUUAAUACACGCAAACACAGAGACAUGAACACGUUCCACGGGGGAACAAAAUCACAAAUCACAUAAAACGUAAAACACGGAGAGAAUAAAGUUCUCUUCCAUUGAGGCCCCGAGACCGCCGCAUACUCGUCCACAGGCAUGUGAACAAAUACACUGAUAUGCGAUCCCGCAUAUCCGCAACUUUGAACAAUACACACUCUUUUACUCAUGCUCCAAAUGUAUAACGAGAAAGAGCGCGAAACAGCGGACAAAAAAUAACGUGGCAUAGACGGUGAGACGGGCUGGAGCGUGAACGCACUCGAGUAUACAAAAUUCGGUACAUGAGGAGUAAAAAAAAAAAAUUUUUUUAAGCCAAGUGGCCAUAGUCGUCGAGAGGAGUGAUAAAGGGGAUUGUAGACAAACGAGAGAAAAAAGAGGAGAAAGAUUGGAAAGAAUUUAGUGAGAGGAAAUGAGCAUGAGCCGAAGGAAGGGCUGAGCAAGUAUGAGACUAAAAUGAGACAAAAAAAAAGAUUAAAAACGUAAAAAAAAAACAAAGAAAACAAAACAUAAAAAUGGACGCCGCAGCCUCAAGCUGUCGCCGAUUGGUAAAGGGAACAAGCCAAAGAUACGUUAGUUUUCAUUUUUAUAUUUAAACGAGAAAGGGGGGAGGAGGAGGUUGGAAAAAGAACACAUACAUACACGCAUGAAGUAACAAAAAGAAUAAUUGUUAUUAUUAUUAUUAUUAUUAUUAUUAUAUUAAUCGCUAUCGAUGCUAAUCUAUUAGGACACGAUCUCGUGCCGCGUUUGUAUUACCUGCCGCCAAGAGCGUCAGAGCUAUCGUGAUAAGCGGAAUGGGAGAGACGGUGAGGGAGAGAAAAUUUAAACGACAAAACACAGAAAAAGUGAGAGGGAGUAAAAAAAAGUCGAGGAGACCGUUGUGAAGAUAUAACUUGUACGGAAAAGCAGGGAAGACCAGGGGAUAAAGUUUUACGAAUGAAAUUCGUGCUUAUCCGCGAGUCCGGAUAUACAGGGUGACUGAGACGCGUGCGCGGGGUGGUCGCCCUAAUUUCUUCUUUUUCCUUUUUUACAUCAAUUUUUUUUCUUUUCUUCUCAGCUCGUUUCACACUAUCUCGCUCUUGAUGAGAACCGCCGUUAUUCGAAAAUGCGAUUUUAUUUUUCCACACACGAGACUAAUUGAGAAGGAGCACGCAAAAGAAGAAAAGAAAAAAUUGUCUGAAGAAAAGAAUGUAUUAUUAAUCGUUCAAAUUUUAAUGAGCUGAGCAACAACAAAGCGCCCGAUUAGUGGAGCGCGCGAUUUGAGUUGAUUUUCCAUGCGAACUCGAAUUCGAAAUUAUUUAUUCAUUCACAUCGAAUGAAGAACGAAUGCCCUACGACUCACGUGGAACGAAUUCUCGGGUGAUUGCUUUUUUAUAUUGAUUUUCUUUUCCACGUUAUAAAAAAUGAAAAAAAAAACCAUAACUUAUCUAAAUAAGUAACUGCGAUUUCGGACCAACGCUGCGCACUUCACGAGUCCCAUUUGCAGACAAGUCAGACUAAUUUCUGUUUCCCUUGAACCUUUGAUGAGUCAACGCAGACUUUUCACUCAGUUUUUUUUUUUCUUCAAUAUUGGAAUUUGACUUUCUAAUGCUUAACAUUCAAACAUCUUUUACGAGAAUGAAGGAAUUGAAAUUAUCUUCGCACAGAGCUUAAUCCCAUCUUCAAUCAUUAUUCCUCGUUGUUUUGCUUUUGUUUCAUUGUUGCCAAUAACGUCGUUUUUCGAAGCUUAAUGUAGAGCGAAAAAAAAAACAAAUGAAAAGACGAACAUUCGGUAUCGGAAAUCAGGCCCGACACUUUUUUUGAAAUAACAAACAAAUUAUUCAUGUGGAAUACAAAAAUAACGAUAUAUAAUAAUCCAUAUCCACACAAACACACACACACACAGACACACACACACGCACACAAACAUAUAUAAAUAUAAAUAUAUACAUAUAUAUUUAUUUAUUAUACGAUACAAAAAAUUAAUUAGUGGAGGUAUAGCUAUUUAAGAGCUCAAAGCAAGGCUUUGAAGAUCGGAGGCGUCCCUCUUUUUUUUAUUCUUCAAUUGUGGUUAUAAAUUUUAAAAAAGUAAUAAUCCGGGCGAUCCGUGAAAUCAGACUGCUGCAAUGAUUUCCAGCUCAUUGUAUGGCUCUCGAAAUUUUGCUUGGGAAACGUUCUUUUGCUCAAAAUUAAAAGUAAAAAAAAAAACGUGUUAUUGAAAUGAGAUACAAAAAUGGCCAUGGAGUCACGUAAGACAGAAAUGAAGCUCUGGAGAAAAUACAAAAAAAAUAAAAUCAUAUCGUUUACAAACUUAGGUACGAAAGAGAAAAAAGCAUAUCCCCGUCUCGACCAAUCGUGAUUUUUUCGUCGGAACGAUACGAGCACCAUGUGCCAAAGACCACAAUUAAAGGUAUCUAAGAAUGAAUUGAGAUAAAUUUGAAAAUCAUGAAAAUUUGACUCCGAAUCGAUCCUUCUUCGAGCUUGGACUCGAAACUCAAGUCGUUUUGUUUUUUAUUUUCGUAACAACGUGACGCGUGAAACUUUUCACCUCGAUUGUUAUACUCAACGAUCGCUCGUAGUGAGUUUUCAUGGCGUGAAUAAUAAUUCGUAGCACUCGAAAAAGAAACAUCUCGUCGAAGUGAGGGCCAAAAUUAGAAUUUUUUCACAACGCAAGGGCAAGGAAACCCUUUUUUAUACUUAUGCUUUAAUAUUUGUUUCUUGUGGCGUGUUUCGUGUUCUUUCGUCGAUAAAACUUGGUGAAUUAACAAUGUAAAAGAAAUAUUGACAGCUCGGAACAAUCGUUUAUCUGCUCUAGCCAAAAAUCAUUUGCAACGAGCCCUUUCAUACUGAGAAUACCGUCGUUAUAUAGGUGAUAUGAAAAUGUGAAAUUGCAAACUUCUUCGGUUUGUAAUGAACGUGAAAUUGUAAAUAUAGUAAAAAUAUAUAUACGUAUAAUUUUGGAUGUCAAAUCGCGUUGUACAUAUUCGUUGUAGCUUUUGUUAAUUUUUAAUGACUCUAUAUAGAUAAUUUUUUUUUGUUUUAUCGCAAAAACGCAGUUGUACACUCGCGAAAUCUAGUUUUCCAUACCUGUGCAUCAAGUUGGCGGGUUAUCUUUGUUCUUAUUCAUGCGCAAAAUCGUAACAAACAUACGCACUCUCGUUUUCGAAUCGUUCCAAAUCAUCAUUUAUUUAUUUAUUUAUUUAUUUGCUUAAAUUAUUGUCGCUUACGAAUUUAGUAAACGAAGGAAGAAUAAAUAACACAAAAGCAAUGAAAAGAAAUCUCUUCAACGUUAAGUCGCGUUACUAAAAAAUGAUUAGGUAAGAAAUCCUCGAAGGCUGAUAAUAAAUACGUUUUUGUAAGCUGUUAUAUGGGAAAUAUACUCGAAAAUGAUUUAUUUGGUGGAAAACAUUGGUCGAAGCAGCUGAGGUUUAAAGUUUCACACGAUUCACGUUUCAUACGUUUAUUUUUCCCCUUAAGGAUUUCGACUGGUCAAAAGCGCGUCACUCACUUUAUCCUGAAAUUCACAUUUUUUAAAUUCCCUCGACAAAAAUGCAUCUGAUUAUUGUUUAUUUAAGGGGACUAGGUAGGCUUCAGCGGCCAAAAACACUGUUCGACCCACGAAUAUCGUUUGAUACAUUUUAUAAUUACACAAAAAAGGAUUUGGCCGUUGGAGGGUAUAUAACGAUUGAAGAAGUGAAAUAAUUCAUAAGUCAAAUGAUAUUUUUUAUACGCAGGUUUAACCUGAUAAAUGAAUAAACAAAUUCGAACAAAAUUAUUCCAACGAAUCUGAUUUCAAUAAUCAUGCCAAAAAUUUGGACUCGUUAUCUUCAAGUUUUUAAUAUUUUAUUCAAUUAGAGUACGACGAUUCGCCAGUAUACUUCACUGAACGUUGUUUUUUUUGUGUUUUCCACAUAUAAUACGAACAUUUCAAAAUUUCGGCUCCUUUCACACAGCGCGUGCGCCUUCUAAAAAUUGCCCACACUCCAGAAACAGCAGUUAUGAAAUAAAAAUUUAUGAAAUUUUUCGCCAUCUGAUAAUGUUAUUUUUCGAAUUUGAAAAUUCGUUCUAGUCUCCUUAAUAUCGAGAAUCGCAAAGAUUCGAAAAAACUUGAUCCCGAAGGCCCUUUCGUCCUUUAUUUUUUCUAGUGUCCCCAACCUCGGCGGGCUUUCCUUGUUUUUUAUUUAUUCCACGAUGUUCAUUCAAGUAUCCGAUUUCUUUGUCCCCCCUACCGCCCCCCCGCGCAAAACUCUUCCAACGACCCGAGCAAUGAUAUGAGAAGAGAGGAAAAAGAUCAAUCACGACUUCAAACAAAAAAAGGGGAAGAAAACGAUGAAAAAAAUGAAAUAAGAAAAAAAACAUUUAGUGAGAGACGCUGUAUGAUUGUGUAUAUCAACAAUAAAUAUUGCUGUGAUUAGAAUCGGUUUAUAGUAAGUAGUUAAGAAACAAUUUUUAAGAAACAUCGGGAUUAAAGAAAAAAACGAAAAAAAAAGGUAAUAGAAUCUUAUAAAAUGAUAACCGAGGCGGUUGAAAAGUAUUAAAAAAUAUGAAGAAAUUUUUUUGUUUGUGUUCGUUCGGCAAAAUAAAAGAUGCGAUGAAUGUAAAAAAUCGAGAGCAACGUGGCUAGUGGAUAUACUCGUCAACAUAAAUCUCGUUAGGCAAAAAAAAAUCGUUUCACAUUUGGAUUAAAAUGACAAGAUACGCGAUGAUAACACGGAUAAUUAAUGAUUGCAAGAGAUUCCCCGAAGGUUACGGAUCGUCAAUCGACCAUAUAAGAAUCGAAACCGAUGGGCAUUGAUAUAUAUUUUUUCUUCUCGUCCCCCCCCCCCUCCCCCUCCCCGCACCCCGCAACGCUCCUUCCCUCUUCGUAAAUGGAAUCCGGGUGAGCCCAGAUCACCGAGUCAAACUCAAUCCAAUUAAUAUAAAGAAGAAGAAGAAGAAGAAGAAGAAAAAACAGAAUAAUAUAAUCCGCAAGCAUAUCCGUUUUAAACAUAUGAUUAGACUUUAAAGAUUGUAGUAUCGAUAUUAACUUUCUUCCCGAAGUACCAAGCUCAUUGAAACAAAUGAAAAUACCCAAAAUAAAAGAAUGUUUAUUCGAUGUGAAUAACGAACGUCUCCUUUGCAUUAAUAAUAUUGAGAAGAAGAAGAAGAAGAAAUAAAAAGUAAUUAAAUAUCAUAAUGAAAAGCAACAAAAAAACGUACUAUAAAUUAAAAACAAAAACACACAUACACAUCUUAAUAAUUAUAUUAAACAGCUAUAGCGAAAACAUUUGAAUCGACGAUGAGACUCGAGAGAAAGAGAAUCGUCUUUUAGUCGCUAGGUGUCGUGAAGUAACUUCGUGAAUCAAUUAUAAUGAAUAAUAUAAAUAAAUAAAUAUAUAUAAAUCGCCACGUAUUUUAUGGGGAUGCUUCGUGGCGAUAACGUAUUAUAUCCAGAGGUGCCAAAUGCGAUGUCGUUAUUCGUUGUUCGGUUCGGGAAGUAAACCACAGUCUAGAAAACGCUGCAGAAAUACAGAAAAAAAAAGAGAGAGAAAAACAUACCAAAUGCGAAUAAAGGGGAAAAAAGAAAGAGAGACAAAGGAAAGCACACCACAGGCUCGAGGCACUUUUGGGAGAGAGAUAAAUCGUGCAGAUUCUAUUUAGAGUGUGAUGAAACGUAAGGACAAGAAAAAAAUAUGAGCAGACCCAAGAUCCCAUUUGAAGAGCGAUGCAAAAAAGAAAGCUCUCGAAGUGGCACUUGUCGAUCAAAUAAUGCUUGAAAACUCACGUUUAUUGAACGAAAAUUGAGAAACUGCACGACGAAUCCUCCUGUCGUAUCAGAUUUCGUAUACCAGCUCCCACAGGCAAAAUAAAACAAUACAUAAACACACACACGAAAUACACGAACGAGUCGUUAGUGUAAAAAAAAACGUACGAGAGCUUGCGAAGGGAAGCGAAAAUUAGUAGGAAAAAUAUGGUUCAAAGAAUAAAUCGAAGAUAUUUCGAGGAGAUUAAUUAAUCCGGCUCAACUUGAUCCCUGGGUUGCUGCUCUCGUGCCAAGUGUCGACGAUUUGUAUAAAACGAAGCAAUGAUUAAUAAAACCAAAUAUAGAGAGAUGACGAUUGGUUUAAACGUCUUCAGGAAUCUGAGCAAUUUGUUGUGGCGUAGAGCAAUCUGUUAGUGCAGGGGCCUUAUCCUUACUGCUCGGGUUCAGUCCAGCUACGGUUACGAAUCUGUGCCCAUCUUGCGGCAAAAAAAGGAAACAUUAUAUCGCUGAGACUCGUAUCGAGGGUUGACAUGUUUUUCCCGGUCAUAGAGACGCGCUAUGAGAAUGAAACAAGAUCGAAGACUGAGAGAUAGUCGAAAAAGUCGAAAAAAAGCAAAAAAAAGUGGUACGAUCUCGUAAUCGCAGCUGAACUUCACUCCCCAACCUUUACCGUAACGCAGGGCAAUCAGCUAAGAAAUAACUUAGUUUUUAUAGGAUAUAUUGAGUGGCACAGCGCGUCUGUAAUCAUCGGUAAAAAGAAAAAAAAACACAUUAAAAAAGGGCGCUCGCGCGCUGCAUAUACUCGAGUUAAUUAAAGGAAAUAAUAAUAACAAUUAUUAUUAUUAUUAAUAAUAAUAUCGAUAAAUGAUACAAGAAUAUUAAACAAUUUUACGCGGCGUGCCGGCGCUAUAUUUUUUGUAUGGCAUUAACGAUUUAGAACGUUAUUGAGAAUACCGUGUGUGUGAACGUAGUGCCAAAAAAAGCAGGAUACAAAAAAGAACAAGAUAAAAAUAAAUGAAAAGUAAUAACGAAAGACCUGACAAACAGUGGGAUCGUAAAUGAUUGGAACGUGCGCCCAAUUAGGUCAAAUGAUUUAUCAUAUUAUGGCGAAUUGAGAAAAAAAAACAAUUAUCGCGACGAGGAAUGAGAAAAUAAUGCGAAAGCGAAACGCUCGACGAAAAAAGUAUGGCUCAAGCCUCGUGCCAAGCAAUGUUUUUCCAAGAAAAACAUAAGAAGGGAGAAAAUAGAUAUAAAAAGAAAAAAGAAGAAAUUAAUAAUAAUAAUGUGGGAUAAAAAAACGCGUGCCAAAUUAUUGUAAUCUUCCGAGCGGAUUUCUUUCUUUUUAUUGCUAAAAAAAAAGUACCGCAAAUUAAAAAGUUAAAAAAAAGCUUCCUUAGCGAUGAAAUUAAAAGAUCGUUUUUAUAUUCGAAUCUUAGGUAAAAUGAAGACAAACAUAAUUCGAUGUAAAUUACUGAACCUGGUAUGGAAGAAAACGUAUUGUGUAACGUACUUUGUACUCAUACUCUUUUUGUUACUUUCUCGUUAUUUUUUUUGUGGAUAACUAAAAUUUACAUUUGGAAUUGAAAAUCAUAAUAAAACGAGUCGAGGUUAUUUCGUAUUUUCUAACACUUCGUUGUGGCCGAUGCAUAAAGGAAGGAUGAGAAUAAUAGUAGAAGUAGGUGAUGCGUACUUUUUGUAUUAUUACAAAUUUCAACGAUUCAUCAAAAUCGAAGAGUUUUAUUAUCUUUUAUCGUGCUUCUUUCAUUGUCAUCUUCAUCCUAAUGAUAUUAUAUGUAUAGAACAAAAGUGUUUGUCAUCUUCUUUCUCUCAUCGAUAUCCUCUUGUCUUUGCCUUCUUUCCUUCUUUGUUGGAGCUCAGAAUUUUUUCUUCUCUCUCUCUCUCUCUCUCUCUCUCUCUCUCUCUCUCUAUCUUUUCCUUUUCUCUUUCUCUCACUUGCUUUACGGUGAAGAAAUUCUCCAGAGAAACCUCUCAACUUUAAUUCCUUUUGUUUUUUCUUUGAAAAUGAAACAUCAGGGGUCUUGCAAUCACUGAAUAACGAAGAUAAACCCGUAUUUACUUUUCAAAGAAAAAUAAUAGUAUUUUAAUUAAAAGUACUCGAUUUUCGAGAAAUCUUUUCCACUGCUCGUCGAAAAUUCUUCCGCGAGGGCGGUUUUUCUGCUCAGACAAAAGAAAGGAUUAUCGGCAGUUUCUUCAUCAUUGAUCCCUCGCAGCUCGGUCGAUUCUCGCCACGUGACAGUAUUUCCUCCACCAUGAAAUGUGGAAAUCCGCUGUCCUCGUACACGAAGAAUAGACGCUGCUGGUUUGCCUGAAAUUCAUUUAAAAAUCAUGAAAAUCAACAAACUAUUUUGACUCGAUCAUUCGAUCAAUGCUUUUCAUUGCCAACGUCUUACACUUCAUCUACUUAAAUCCCAUUCUUCCAUUAUCUGGAAAGAAUAAAAUGUAUAAAUUGAAAAUUCUUGGCCAAAAAGAACUUACGUUACGAAGCCUUCACGAAACAGGGUCAUAAAUACUUACGAGUAAUACGAGUAUUUAAAUUAUUGAAGCGAGAAAAAAAAAGUCAAAUGAAAUGAAGAAGAAAAGCAAUAGUAAUCGAGGAAUCGUAAGAAAAUUCUCAAUUGUAGAUUGGCUCGAGGAGAAAGCUUUUUGAGGAGAAAGUGCUGCUUUUGGCAUGUUGGAUUUUAGCAUGAGGAUGUAACGCCGAAUCGAGAAUAUUUCGAAAAUAUGAUGGAGCGUUGAAAAACAAAAGACGAACGAGAACAACAAAUGCACACGAAAAUUCGUAAAAGACAAGGAAAAGGAGAAAUGGCGAAUGAAAAGAAGCAAUUCGAAUUUGCCGAAGCGACAGUCGUUCGGGUACACGACGAUAUAAAAGUUAUUUAAAAAGUACAUUAUUCCAGGGUAAAGUUUUUUGUAAAAUUGUCGGCUACGCAAUAUUUAUGUAAAAAAAAAACACAAAAAAAACACAAUGAGUACGUGACAAAAGACGAAAAAACGAAACACUUGUAUGAGAGAAUGUGGUAGAGCGUGAAUGGAUAAUAAAAAGUGCGAAUAUUGGUGAUUUAAGGGAAGAGAGAAAAAGAUAGAAAGGAUGGAAAUAACGAAGUGCUGAGAAACAAAAAACAUAGAUCGUAACGAAAAUAAAUGAAAUGCAAGAAAGAAUACAAAGAAAUGUACAAGUACUUUUUUCGAGGUACGCAGCCCCGACCAAGAGUAUUAUACGAAAGCGUUGAGAACAAAAGAAACACUGACAGUUUAAUAUAUUUUGGAAAGAUGGAACUAUAUUUUCAUUUGGCGAGCCGGUGGAUUAAAACCUCGGGAGUAGAUUGGAUUUUAUAGACUUUUUUGUCGAAUAAUUUUCACGAUUUUUUAAAUCCGGUACGUACCUUUGACGUGGUCGGUAUUCCGGUUGUAAAAAAUUUUUUUCCGCGAAAGCGUUCCAUCCGAUAUUAUUUUGGCCGAAAAAGUCAUUUUUCGAAAAUGGGGCUCGACCCCGGAGCUUCGAGAUUUGACUCCUUAGUCUUAUUGGUCGAGGGUGUGCACAUUAGAUAUGGUUAUUGCAUCAUUAUCAUUACGAUUAAGCGUAUUAUGAAAUAAUUCAUAAUUAAUAAAAAUAACAAAAAUAAUAAUCAUCAUCACACCAUCAUUAAUGAUAAACAAUAAUUACAAGAACAAGCAAAUAAUAACAAUACCGUACAGCUGUAUAUCGUCUUUAUCGUUAUAGGGCAAGAGGCUUGCGAGUAUAAAAGUGAUAAUCAGCUGGCGUAUGUAAGAGUGCUUUAUUAAUAGACAAAAAACAAAAUCUCGUCUGCGUAUAUGGGGCGCUGAGGAAUAAAAAAAAAAAAAACAUGAAAAAAAUCCACCAAAAAAAACGGUUUACGAAAAUAAAACAUUUUUCUGGCCGCAUGUAGUCAACGUAACAUAUCCGUAACCACGUUUGUUUACAAAUACGUCUUCUCGUUUCGAUGUACCAACCACACAUACAGAAACAAAAAAUAUGCGUAUAUCAAGAGACUUCGUAGAUACACAAAUAUAUUUAAUCAUUUUGGGAUCCUAGAGGUUCCCAACGAAACCUUCACACGAUAUAUAUCAAUUAUGUACGUGUUAUGUCGUGAUGGUGAAAAAAAAAAAACACACCGACACGCGCAGCGUCUCAUGAAUGUAGAACCAAGCGACAAAGUACACAACACACGCACUCGGCUGAUCCUGGCCACCCAAAAAAACAAACAUUUUAAUACGAAAUCGAAUGAAGUAACGGCACGAAAAAUCUGUCUCUACAUAUCGGACCAGGGCAGUGUCGAUAUCAUUUUAUCUCGCGGUUUAUCCAACGAGUUUGCUUCCCGAUUCGUCCCCUUCUGCCGCCUAUUGACAUCCUUCAUACAAUGAGACUACUGUCCUCGAAAAACGCGACCCUUCACAGAACGAGGACACGAAUCACGGUUCACGUUCAUAUUCAACAAAAGGAACAUCAUCACGAAAUAUUUUCUAUACUUCAGUACGGAAACCCACACAAUUUGUUCUUUUCCCUAGACAACAUAACCUCUACUCUAGAAAUUAUUUGACCUCUGUAUCAUCAAUUAUCACUGUCUCAUUCUCACAUGAUUAUUAUCACUAUUGUUAAUUUAUUAUUAUUAUUAUAAAUAUUAUUAUUGCGGCUCAACAUUACACCAACAUUAGCAUUAAAAUCAACGAUAUACCAUCCAACAGAUAUUUUACACCGCUUAACAUCGCAACCUACGGAAAAGAUGUACGCGCGUCGUCACACCGAAAUACCGAUUGGACAAUGAGAAUUUUCAUUGUAAAUCCAGAGACAAAUGAAUUUCUCAAAUCCUUGUCGACGAAGAUGUCCUUGUCUAUUUACUAUUAUGAUUCUUAUUAUUAUGUUAUUAUCGUUGUUAUUUUCGUUCAAUGACUUAAAUCCUUCUUCCACUAACCCAUAGAAAAAACACUUCAUCUUCCAUUUUAUUCAUGUUCCGCAGCAUCGAAUCAUAUCGUCAUCCGAAAACAAAGGUCUUCUACGUACGUUAGUGAUGAUCUUAGAAACUCGUCAUUUUUAUAUUGUGGCGCGUUUUGCGAGAAAACAAACAAAAUCGUUAUUGAGAAAAAUCAUUGUGAUAAUUGUGCACUUUGGUGGGAAUGAUGAGCGAUGUUUUUGUAUAAAUGUAACGCUCAUUAUCAGCGGAUGUUGAUCAACAUGAUUUUUUUUUCUUUUGCUCUUUUUUUCAAUUACAUGUAUACAUUCAGAAGAAGUCGAAGCGGAGAAAAUAAUUUUUUUAGUAUAUGCAGAUUUCACAAACGUUUCGACGUCGAGAACUCAAUCGUCUGCAAUGCGAUCAUUUUGUCGAAAAUCAUGUUAUUGUUAUAUAUAUUUAUAUUCAUCGUAAUUUUAUGUAAGGUGUAUACGUUGUUGAUUGAUGGACAUGAGAGCGACAUUAUAUGCGUUCAAGGAUUUUUCAAUUGUCACUUCAAACGUUUGUUGUGUCCGCUCGAUCAAUAUUUUUUUUUCUCUCUGUUCUCUUUUUUAUAAGCUUCCGUUUGCUCAAACCUUUCAACGUAUAUUCGGAAAGAGCGGAUCGCGCAAGUGCGGUCGAAAUUGCGACCUUCUUUCUUGUCAACACGCGUCCAUAUUUGUCUCUCAAUUUUAUUUAUUUAAACACACACACACACACACACACACACACCACUACGGACGACCGAAUACGUUGACAAAGUUAUCGUUUUUAUAAUGUCCAUUCUAUGUAUAAAUAUUAUAUAUCAUUUUUUUUAAUUAGCACGCGUAAUUUAUUAAUUUCGCUUACGUUUUUAUUCUAUUAUUAUUAUUAUUAUUAUUAUUAUUAUUAUUAUUAUUAUAUUGUACAUAUAGAUACGAACACACAUACACGUCACCAUUCAUUUAUUCAUCUUUCGAUGGAGUGUCUGAGAUAUGAAGUGAAGGGGAAUAAAAAUUGAGAAAAAAAGAAACAAAGAAAAAUUCCGAGUCAAACACCUUCGCCAACAAAUGGUCGAAUUAGUUAUGUAUAUUCUGAGAAGAGUGUGGUGCCGAACGAACACUUACCGCGAAUUUAGGAGUCGUGGCGAGGGGAGGGGGCGGGGUCGAUUGUUACGUAUGUAAGAGUAAACGAUUUGAAAAAAUAAAUAAAUAAAUAAAUAAACAAAACGAAAAUUAAAAAAACAAAAAAAUGAGUCGAAGUUUCACGAAGCAGGCACUUUGCCCGACUCCAACCGGGAACAACCACUUUUUAUUUCUCACAAUUUAUUAUAUAUAUAUAUAUAUAUACAUAUAUAUAUAUAUUAUAAUUAAUGCACUCGGCGUUCUUGAAGGCGUGUAUAACUUUAUAUUUUAACGUAAAAAAACAAUAACAAAUAAUUAAAAAAAAAACAAAACAAAACAAAAAAAAAUUGAAUAAAAAAAAGUCACGAAUUACUACCGCUCGGUAGGAAUAUCAUGUUUUUAAGGGCAAUAAUAUUGUAAAUUUCGAGUACGCUGUGUAUUUGAAUGUGUAAGAUGCAUAAAAAAGACAGAUUUUUUAGAUAUUGCACUAUAAUAUUUAUUAUUGUAUAAGAAUGUCGACACAGCCACGCGAACGACUGCAUUCUCGUGGCUCAUACAUAUUCAAUGAAGAAUUGCAAAAGUGAGUAUUGGAAAGAAAAAAGAAACGAAAAAAAAAAGCGAACACAUGUGAAAAUGAACAAAAACGUAUAACUCUGUCUCGUCAUAGAACAGGCCACACAUAUUUUAUCAUGCUCAUAACAGAAUUAUAAAAUGUACCCGCGUAUAUAAUCCAUUUAUUCAAAACUCGGUGUAUAAAAUAAUAACAAUGAUCUAUUCUACUUGAGCCACGGGUAUGCAAUUGUCAGUAAAUAAUUCUGAAUUAAUUAUAUCAAUGAACGAGAGAGAAUUGAAAAGGAUGGAAAUUAACAUGAAAUACAUAUUGUUCUUUCCAUAAAUGCGAAGAAGCGAAAUUUUUAGUGUUUACACUACAAUUGAUAAUUCUAUUAUUACAUAAUAUUAUAUUAAUAACAAUAUUAUUAUUGUAAUGUUUGUUUUUCGUUAUUAAAGUGUGUAUAUAGCAAUACAAAUUCGAAAACGAA